GGAUACGAGGGCGAGGACCCUACGGAUGACCGGACUGGACUGGACUCAAGCUAGGCUACGCGCUGGUUGGUUUUAUUAAUGGCGGCCGGUGGCUUGUGUACUUGUGGCCGGGCAGUGGCGGUGGUGCAGUAUAUACCUACAUGCUCAUCUGUCUGCAUUUGCGUGGCGUUUUCGGGUUUAAGGCGAGGAGCACUGCAUUUUUUUAUAUGUUUUUCAAAAGGGAAACCAUCGGAUCACCUUUUUUUUCUGACAUGUCUUGUCUUUUUUCGGUUGUCUUUUUUCUUGCGUUUAGCACGGCUGGCAUGGAUAUGAUUUUGAUCAUGUUUUUUUUUUUUUCACUUUGUACUCUACCUUCUCACGCGAAGGCAAGACUUCUUUUUUUUUUUUUUUUUUUUUUUUUUUCGCUUGGCAGCAUAAGGCACGAUUUGACGGGCAGGUUUGCCGCAAGACAAGACAAGACGAGACGAGAAGAGACGUUGGUUGAUAUCAAUCACAUAUCAAAUACCAUGCAUGUAUGUUGACGUUCAAUGUAUAGUUGUAAUGCGGAUUGCUGUGCGUUAUGCGCGGCGGACGCUAUGUAUUCAAGAGAAAAUAGGAUUUGCUGCUGCUAUGGAUUUGCGUCUUAGUGAAUAGUGAAUUGUUUGAUUACCCAAAGCUUAACUAACCUAACUUAUU